AUGAAGUCACUCCAAAGCAUAAUAUUUUUGAUUAGACUUCUAAUAUUCUAUCACACCACAAUCACACCAAUACUCACGACUUCCACCUCAACCUCUAAUUCGGAUUUUUCCCCAACCGCGGCAGUGCCGCAAUGUAUCGACUAUUCGGAUCCAUUAGAUUUUGGUAAACACAUAAUAAAACCAUGCCCUAAUAAAGCCAGGCUGAAAGGUUCCAACACGAAUUUCCAAAAUGAUUUGAGUUCUGGUAACAGCAGUAAUAUGUUUGUGCUGCAGUUCACUUGCGGAGAGACUAAUACGACAUUAUGUAAAAAGGCCAAAUCGGCUUUCGAGGCGGCUGGAAAGAUUAUCACAGCAGCAUUCAUAUUUAAAGCGCCGAUUGUCAUAGACGCUAACUUCUUGGAUUUAAAUGAUCCAAGAUUAUUAGGUGCUGCAAGCCCAACGAGGUUAAUGCCUAUAGUAUCUGAAGACAGUGUCCCAAGAAUGUACCCACAGGCGCUUGUUAAACAAUUUCAAUAUUCCGUGCAUCCUGAUUAUAGUCCUACAGAUAUUCUCGCAAAAUUUAAUUCGGGUGCCGAUUUCUGGUUUCAGGGAGAUGGACCAAUAGGUCCUCAACAAUCUAACUUCCACACCGUCAUUCUUCACGAGCUAUUUCAUGGCCUUGGCUUCUCUUCAAGUUACCGAGAUUAUUUCGACCUGCUCCUAGGACAGCCCAGUGAAGGCAUCACCGCCUUUCCCAUGUUAGAUUCCAACUCGACCAACCCCACAUUUAAUGAUCCAUUAAAAUUCUCCGGAUUUAUUGAAACCAUUUUUGACAAAUUUAUAAUGAUUCUACCUGACAAGUCUGAUCCAUCAGGGACCAAACCUCUCCCAAUAUCCUACUUCACUAACCAACUAAAUCAAUUUGGACCACUUAAUACUAUAUUUCCAAAUAUCAAUGUACUUACCUCUCAGAUAAUGGGAUCACCACAGUGGAAAUCCGUUGCACAAUAUCUGAUAAAGAAAGCAACUGUAGCUAAUACUUUUGUGUUUGUCCCCAGGGGCGGUACAUUGGCUAAUGCCACAUAUUUGGAAACUAAUUUAAAGGUUUACUCCUCUGGUUCAAGUAUUAGCCACGUUAGCUUAGCGAAAUAUACGAAUACAAAUGAUUUUUUAAUGAGAUAUUCGCUGGAAUCGGGAGUCACCAUUGAAGAUUUGAUCAUCAAAGGAGGAAAUUAUUCGGGUGGGGCUAUUGGACCACGUCUAAGGGCAAUUAUGAACUCGAUUGGUUAG